CUCUAUCAUUUGUUUUGAUUUGAAUGUCGUGGGAAAAGUUUAAAUCUCUUCAGUUCUGCGUACAUUGAAAGCGUUAAAAAAAAGUGACUGUUGUAUGAUAGCCAAUUUCUUGGUAUAACAUAUUUCCGUUGACAACGAAUUAGAUUGUGUUUGUGAAGUGCUGUUUUUGUGAUUAGUUUUAGUUGAUUAAAUGUUCUAAUAUAUUAUUUCGAUUUGCGAUAAACAAUAAUAAAUAUUAGACAAAAACUAUGUCAAAUCUAGGAGAUAAUAUCUCCUUGCCGAGUGUUGUUAGUGUUGAUGAAAAUUCUAAUAAAAGCAGCCAGGACACCAGUCGUCGAAGUCAACAAUGGCUUGAAGCAGAAGAGAAAACUGAUAUAAUGAAAAUCGAAUUUUCUGAUGAUGAUGAUGAAUAUGAACUUACUCGUCUUACACCGAGCAUUGAGAAAGCUAUACGACUAAGCAUCUUGAGUAUUGGCCGAGAUAGUGAUUUAGAUUCUGGAGAUGAUUCUAAAAAAAAUGGGGAGAAACAAAAGAAAAGGAAACGUGAUGAGGUGCUGUUGAAUGAAAGUGGUGAUCACGAUACAAACAUUAGCGACGAGAAUUCAAUGGAUGCCAGUAGCGUUGGAAACAUGUCUUAUAAAAUCCUCGAGCCUGUGAAGAAAAAGAUUAAGCUGGAAGAGUUGGAUGUUCCUCCAGCUGUACACGAUAAAUGCGCUGAAAUAUUAAACAAUUCUCAAGAAAUCAAGAACUUUUUGGACGAAAAACCCAAACCUCAAUGCCGUAAAGUUCUAAAAGUGAAGCUCUUCAAGCCAGAUCGAAAAAUGCAGGUAUUAAUCAAAAAAGCAUUGAAGAGAAGCAAGAAUAAUCAUUAUUUAUCAGAGCAUCUUGAGAAUAAAGAAAAUAUCGGAAUUAACAAUGGAAUAAUGAUUAAAAGUGAGCCUAUCUAUAACAUGGAAGUCGAUUCUAAUUCUCAGCAGAACAAUGCAGAAUUUAUUGACUAUGAAUAUCUCGAAGCGGCAUACUCACCUGAGAGUAUGAAUGAAGAUGCUGGAGCUAUUUCUACAAGAAAUGAUGAACCAAUGGAGGAUCGACCAAAAAUUAAAAUUGAAACAAUCAAGCAAGAGAAAGAAGACGGGGUUGAUGGAGAAAGUUUACCAAGUGUCCGCUCGAUAUAUGAAGUGUCUUCGACUUUAACACCGGCUAGCUCUGACGUUGAAAUGAGUGAAGUUGACAAUCAAUCAGAUGUAAUGGUAAGAGAAGCCGCCGUACAACAGCACAACUUGUUCGAUGAUGGCGAAUCUUCUUGUUUCUCGUCCAGUGAUGAUAGUGAUUAUGACAAUACUUCAAGAUUCUCUGAUGAUGAUGAACAACCGGAUUCAAUAUUAUUUGCAAGACCAACGACAUCUCAUUCUAAUCAACAUCUAGGAGAACGAGCACUAGAAACAUUACAACGUCAACAAGAAUUAACGAUGGAUCGUUUACAAGAUCUCCAUGGAUCAUUGGUUUCUCGUCCAUCAGAUACUGAUCGAGUUGAAGAUCCAGCAGGUCUUUUCACCCCAUUGAUGCUUCAUCAACAGCAAGCUUUAGCUUGGUUACUUUGGAGAGAAGAACAAAAACCACCCGGUGGUAUUCUAGCUGAUGAUAUGGGAUUGGGUAAAACUCUGUCAAUGAUAUCACUUGUAUUGGCUCGUUAUCGUAAUACUCAGAAGAAGAAAAAACAAAAAUUGAGAAGAAGAGGACGAUUUGUAAAAUAUCGAGGAGGAACAUUGGUUGUGUGUCCAGCAUCAUUACUCGCCCAAUGGCAAAAUGAAGUAUUCGAUCAUUGCACACCAGGAACUUUAACAGUUGGAAUAUAUCAUGGACCUAAUCGAGAACUGUCUGUGAAAAAAUUGGCUAAAAAGGAUAUUAUUAUAACAACUUAUAAUAUACUAGCUCAUGCAAGCCAUCAAUAUGAUAAAAAUGCUCUAUUUAAAAUUCAUUGGGAUAGAGUAAUUCUAGAUGAAGCUCAUGUCAUUCGAAAUCAUAAAACUCGAAUGUGUGAAGCUGUAUGUGAGUUAGUGACUGAUAAUCGAUGGGCAUUAACUGGAACUCCUAUUCAUAAUAAACAAAUGGAUUUAUACUCGAUUCUCAAGUUUCUACGAUGUUCUCCCUUUGAUGAUUUAAAAAUUUGGCGACGAUGGGUGGAUAAUAGAGAUGAAGCAGGUUAUCGACGAUUGACAACCUUGAUGAAGACUUUGUUAUUACGCCGUACUAAGAAGGAGCUAAUUGCAAAAAAAUUGAUUCAACCAUUACCAGACAAGUUAUCGCAAAUUAUUCCGAUAGAAAUGGAUCCUGAUGAACGAGUAGUCUAUGAAAAGGUUAUGAUUUACUCUCGAACAUUAUUUGCUCAAUUUUUACGUCAGCGAGCUGAGAAGAAACGUCAAAUGGCUUUUGGUGCUGGAUAUUACAGACCCGUUGAAGAUUUUUUCGAAGAAUUUAAUGAUGCUCAGAAGAUGUUAUUAGCUACUCAUGCAGAUAUCCAAACUACUGAGAUUCUUGUUCUUUUAACGAGGCUUCGUCAAAUUUGCUGUCAUCCAUCGUUAAUUCAUACGAUGUUGGACCGAGAAGAUGUUCAGCAAAAGACUUCUAACAACGCGAUUUUGAAUUUUGAUUUAUUGAAUAAAAUCAAUACUUUCAAAGAGCCAGAAGCUGGACCUCCAACAACAUCAACGUCUGGUACGACCACAAGUGAAAUAGAAAUUGAAAACCUUGAUGAAGAAGAGAUAGGAAUCAGUAAAAGAGUUACUGAAAAUUUAUUGACCCGUACAAAUCCAGUGUUUAAUAAAUCUCGUGUAAGUUCUAAACAUCGAGCAGUACUAGAACGUAUCAAAGAAAUUAUCCAAAAUGGAAAUGAAAAAAUUAUCAUUGUAUCUCAGUGGACUUCGCAUUUAAAAAUCAUUGCUGAAAAUUUGAAAUUCAUCGAGGGUGCAACUUAUAAAUCAUUCGACGGAAGUAUUCCUGUUAAACAUCGCCAACAAAUUGUUAAUGAACUCAAUACACCAGAUAGAGAUCCAAGAAUCUUAUUGCUCUCAUUAACGGCUGGAGGUGUAGGAUUGAAUCUUGUUGGAGCAAAUCAUCUGAUGCUUGUCGAUAUACAUUGGAAUCCGCAACUUGAAACCCAAGCUCAAGAUCGAAUCUAUCGAUUUGGACAAAAGAAACAUGUCCAUGUCUAUAGAUUUAUUUGUACUGAUUCUAUUGAAGAAAGAAUAAAGAAUUUGCAAGAGUACAAGUUAGAUAUUGCUCAAAAUGUGCUGGCCGGCACUGGCAGAGUUAGUACAAAACUAACCCUCGAGGAUUUCAAAACCUUAUUUGGUUUCAAUUGAUUAUCAUUUAUUUAAUAUGUUCAGUUAUUUAAUAACUCUUAAAAAAC